CGUACUGCGUGCUGGGUUUUGCUUGGAGGUGCAGUGAGAGGGAGAGCCAUGACAGCCACGCUAGUGGAAACUCUGCACAUGGUUCCCGGAGACGGAGAUACAAGCUACGCUCGCAACUCCACUAUUCAGGGUGGGCAGCAAAGCAACCUAAAGCCCAUGAUCGAAGAAGCCGUGGUAAGCCUCCUUAACGACAAUGAUGGUGCGACCGGCCUGGCGAUCGCCGACCUGGGCUGUUCCUCCGGCCCAAACACGCUUGUGCUCGUGUCGACGGCCGUCGCCGCCGUCCGCCGCCGCUGCUCGGAGCUCCGGCGGCAGCCACCGGAGCUCUGCGUGCACCUCAACGACCUCCCAAACAACGACUUCAACCUGGUAACCAAGAGCCUGGCCACGUACGCGAAAGCCCAAGAAAGCUUGGGCCCUCCUGUCCUGACCAGCAUCGUUCCCGGCUCGUUCCACGCCCGGCUCUUCAGCAAGCGUAGCCUUCACCUGGUCUGCUCAAACGCGAGCUUGCAGUGGCUCUCAAAGGCACCUGAAGAGCUGGUGCAGAACGGGAUCCCGUUCUACGACAGGGACGAGUCGGCGAGGCGUGCUCGGCGUCCUGCAGUCAUCCAGGCCUAUGCCCGGCAGUUUCGCAGCGACUUCACCCAGAUCCUGCGCCUGCGAGCUCAGGAGAUGGUUCCCGGAGGAAAGAUGGUGUUCUCCCUCCUUGGGCAGCGCCCCGACGACAAACCGGAGAACGCCCUCCAGCUUUUCGAAUUUAUAAAUGCCGUCCUACACGAAAUGGCGUCCAAGGGUUUGAUCGACGAGGAGAGACUCCACUCUUUCUACAUACCGGUGUAUGGGCCAUCAGAGAAAGAGCUGAGGGAGAUCGUAGAAGCUGAGGGCUCGUUUUCGAUCGACAAGAUGGCGAUCCAUGAACCUCCUCCUUCUCGGAAUGCCAAUCUCACUCCCAAGGCAAGGGCGGGCGGGUUGAGAGCUGCAAUGGAACCGAUCAUAGUGCGGCAUUUCGGAGCAUCUCCACCAGCCAUGGACGAGUUCUUGAGGAUCGCGGAGAAGCUCAUCAAAAUGUCACAUGUAGAGGAUGAGUAUCCAAACAAACCCAGGGCUUUCGUUGCUGCGUCCCUCACCAGGAGGGCAUGACCGCAUCACGGGAAUACAUGCAUGCAUAUAAACUAUGGUAAUGCCAUUGCCAUGUUUUUGCCGAAUAAAUUUUAUAUCAUGUACAGUGAUAUCCACUGGAUUAUUUACACGCACUGUGAUUAUUUCCA